UGACUUCAGCCGAGUAGAUGCCCAGCUCAGCGAGGGAUGACCGAACGAACGCCUUGAGGUCGGCCGUGUCGGUGCGGUCGAAGACGAGGGAGGGCAGCACUGGGGGGGCGGAUCUUCUUCAUCAGGAUGUACUCAGACAGACCCUCACCCUUCGUCAGUGCCCUCACUAUUUCUGCAUGCAGAGGACAAACACACCAGACGUACGUGUGUGCGACAGCAAGCCAUCAGCAUGAUCGAUCGCACAUUCGCCCACCUUGUCCGUGCAGGUUAUUGCCUCCACCCUCUCUCUGUGGCUUCAGGACCCAUUCUUCAGGAUGCUGCAAAACACACACACACACACACAUGCAUUAUAUCCCUCAGCCACAGCAGCUUUCCUCACCUGGAUGGCGUCCUUGACCUCCUUGCCGUCGGGUGCUGUGGACGGGUCCACUUGGGGCGCGAACACCCCACGCACCGGCUGUCGGCUGCACAUCGGCACAAAUCGCUCCAUUGUCGAUGAGUCGCACCACAGUGCUUGCACCUGUGUAUGUGUACAGCGCACACAGCACAGAACAGAGGACCGUAUGCGUGUGUGUCACCUCAGCAAUCCAUCGACACCCACGCCUGCCCACCAUUUUGCAUCCGACCAGGUGUGCCAGGCCACUUGGGCACUUGACAGCAUGCGACCAUUCCAGCAGCUCACGGGCAGCCCAGCAUCGAUCGUCAGGCAGCUGGGGCGCGUAACCCGAGCGAAAAUACACCACAGUGAACUCUACGAUCUCGUCAGGCGCUCUUUGCCACACGAGGCGGCCUGGUGUGGCGGCAGGGGUGCUUGUCGAGGGGUCGUCGGGCAGGAUGCGGAGAGAGCCGCUCUCAAUCGCAUCAGCAAGCUCCUGGAAAGUACUGAAACAAAGGCAGAGGAGGAGGACACAUACAUGAAUGGAGUAGCAGGUUGGCAUUGGGUGGUGGGAUGCGUCUGGGUCUGACCUUCGCCUGCACAUAAUGCCGUGUUUGUCGUAGAGUGCGAAUUCCAGAUGCCUCUGGUCGAUUUCGUUGCGCUCACUGUCGGGCACCAUGUAGAGAAUCGCCGCCCGACGACCGGAAUCCCCUGGGCAAAUCACAUCGUGUGUGGGUGUGUGCAUCUUGCCGAUGCACAUGUGGACUCACUCACUCUUUAUCGGUCGUCUUCUCAGGUAGGCCGCGUGUGCAGCAGCGAGGGCCUGACCACACACGCAACCACAUCCAUGCGCGGGCAAAUGUCUGUCUGUCUUGUGCAUAUGUACACACACAGACGCACCGUGGCCAUGUUGUCUGCAGGUGCAUUUGGUGGGGAGAUGUCGUUCACAGCGCUCUGCACCACCUUAGCAGCCGAUGCAGUUUCUGCUCCUUGAUCCACCUUGGCGUAAAGCUCCUCUGCCAAACGGCGAAUGGCAAACCUGAUAUACAUACAACUAUAACACAGCACAUAGAUAGAAUGGGCUGACCACGCUGACCAACGCCCAUACGUACCUGUUGAGUGCAGCUAAUGGGAGCAUUGCAGCAGUUGGUGGGAGGAGUGGGAGCGGGACAUGUGAUGGGAUUGGGAGGGUUGGGAGGGAUUGAGAUGGGAGCGAUGGGGGGAGGCGAGAUAGUGAGAAGCCUUACAGGCCUCGGCUGAUGAAGUCCUCCGCAAAAGCACUGGCCCCAGCAGGUCCCCUCGCAGCUAGGGCUCUCUGAAAGCGGUGGACCACUUGGAGUGUAUUGUACUUCCUCAGCUCCAUGGACAGAAGCUCGCUCCAAUGAUGAUUACGCUCUCUCAGGAAGAUACAUCCUCGGAUGCUGGGAUGGCCGAAGGGCGCGUCUCCUCUUGGCGAGCGUCUUGAGGAAGGCAAGCAUCGCGGGCGCCCAGCUGCUGAAUGUCUCUGCGGCAAAUGGGACAGAACGGAAGCCUCUGGCUUGAAGAGUGGGGCCGCACUUGUCGUCUUGGCUUUCUCGGCAAGGACCUUCCAACCCGAAAGCUGAGCACUGCACCGAUUCACGUCUCUGUGAGAGCAGACGGGAGAGGCGUCGGGUCGGCAGGGGUGGG